AUGACGACCUUCGCAGGUGUGGCCGUUCACCUUGCCUCGCUCCUUGCUGCAAGCGCUGCCCACCAUAUCUCAUCUACGCCUCCGCGUGUUGCACAACAGUCCUCGGACCACUUGUUGCGCCCGCAGGACGAACGCAAGGACAGGGUACCUCCUGGCGGCAAAGAAACGCUUCAUGGUCAUAGACUAUUCAAUCGCGUCGGCAUGAUAUGCGUCGCCGCAACAAAAUAUGUUGUAUGGGCACUCAUAGCACUGGAAGUGAUAGCACGAUUACUUUCUCAAUUUCCUGACACGGCGAUCUCGCGCGCUAUCCUUCCGAUUAUCCUACCCACGCCCGUUCCAGAAUUCACCAUUUUGCCCGUCCCAGGCCCACCACGGCCGCAGAAACUCCUACUCUCCGCACCAUCUCCUACAGUCUUCAUUAGUCUGCUCUCCAUCUCCGUCGGAUAUGUAAUCCGCCGCGCAUGUUUCGCAGCAAUGGGCCGCCUUUUCUCGUUCACACAUACAACACUCGCAGGGCACCAGCUCGUCAAGGGCGGUCCAUACAAUAUUGUGCGACACCCAUCCUACACCGGCGAAGUCCUCGUGCGCUUCGGCAUGGUGGCGCUCCUCCUUGCUCCGGGCGGUUUCGUUCUCACAUGCGGCGCCCUUCAGCAGCACUCGACCGGACUCUUCGGUGCCUCGGACCUCCCGCAACGGAUCCUACUCGCCUCCGUGCGCUGCGGCGUCGCAUUUUUCGUCGGCUGGGUUUCGUUUGCCUGCACGUACCUCAUUUUACGUGCACCGAGCGAGGACGCUACGCUACGCGAGACGUUCGGCAAAGAGUGGGAGGAAUAUGCCAAAGCAGUGCCAUACCGAUUCGUACCUCACAUUGCCUAAGUUUCAUUUUGACGCGGAUACUCUCGUCCAUCAUUGCCAUCAGCCUCAACAUCGGACAAAACAUUGUUUCAUCACUAUUAAUAUAUUAAACAAUGAUCGUUUCCAUUUUAUGACCUUAACUCCAUAACUUGAUCUUCCCGGGUCCCGACAGCCUAUCACAAUCACAAUAGUAUAUCUAUAUUUACUCUU